UCGGUCGGCGAAUCUCGCUGAUCAGCGCACCGUCAUUGUGCAUAUCAAAAAUAUUUGCAAAGAAAACUGCGAAUGUUACGCUAACAUUUCGCACGAAACGACAUCCAUCGGUUAAGGGAUAACGUUCUUAAAAGCGUCUCCGCUUUAUUACAUUCUUUCAUUAUUUUGUUGAAGGGGUGCUUCUCUCAUUCGAUUAAUCGGGAAAAGCUUAUCUUGCGCGAUAACAAACGUGAAUAAAACUCUACUCCUUCGCGCCUCAAGAUUGACUUCAUGACUGACUGGUAUCGGUGUUUGACAGUUCGCAGCGUGGCCGAAGAUAUAAAAGUGACCUGGUAAAACUUGAUGUGCUAAAGCCACAUCAUGCUGCAACGGCUGUGUCUGUCAUUUCUUCUGUGUAUUUUCUGCGCAAAUUUUGCUACAUUAUAUAGUGUCUCCGCACAAAUUGAUGUAUCAAACGACAAUAACAUUAAUAGCCGUACGAUACCCGCUUAUGCCGUCGCUUUAAGAGCCGAUCUUCUCAAUUCGACGAUGUGCGCAAAGGAAUUGCAAGACUUCCGGGAUGCCAUCGAGCAACGGAUACUCUGGAGUUUGAAGAUGUUGGACUCUAGCGGCGCAAUUAAAUCAGGUUUCCUUUAUGGAAAUAAUUAUUGGCUGGGCACCAGUAGCCAGUGCUUCGAUACAAUGAACACGGAUCCUCUGGAGCUUUUAGAGAAGGAUUUAUUGAAUAAUACGCUAUAUCGUGAUCCGCAAAAGGAGUUUCCUCCUUUCGAAGUGACUUACUUCGUUGCUUAUUUUAGACACAACAGUACUCUUCAGUACCAUGUGAAUUUACCGAAUGAAGAUUUGAUUACGCUCGGUCUCUGUUUACCAGCAUCGUGCUCUAUAAACGAGUUAAGCUUCAUUUUGAAAAGGAUAUUUCGCGAUAGAGCUUUCUUAAUCAAUGAUCUCUAUUCCAUGGACUUCAAACUGGUCGAAAUUAAAGAUGUAAGGGAUGAUCAUCAAUGGCUAUUUAGUGGUUCGGUACUUUUCAUCUGUAUUGUUUUAGUACUUGAUAUUUCCAUGAUGAUAAUCGGAACGACAUAUGAUAUAUUCAUAUAUCAAAAAUAUUUAAAUACAAAGAAUAAAACUAUUAAAGCUAUUGGCGAAAACACAGCCGAGGAGAUGAAAAUGGCAAUGUCUUCACAUAGGGAAAAUAAAAUCUGGAAAGUGCUAAUAUGUUUCUCCAUUUACACAAAUUCGAAAACAAUAUUUAACACAAAGAUAGACAGUAAGUCGAUACCCGUCAUUCAUGGAUUAAAAUUUUUAAGCAUGGUUUGGAUAAUCAUGGCCCACUCCACAUUAUACACAAUGGAUUAUCUCGACAAUAAAGUAUGGUCUUGGAGAAUCAGCAAAGGCUUUUUCAUUAAGAUAGUGGACAAUGCAACCAUGUCGGUCGAUACCUACUUCUUCAUAAGCGGCUUCUUGGUGGCCUAUUUAUAUCUGAAGAACGUAAUGGACAAAGAACGAAUUGAACCGAUUAAUUACAGAGCGAAUUUAAAUGAGUUCUUUGUAUCCGUAAUAAGAAGAUAUAUCCGGCUGACACCGGCUUUCAUGAUAAUGGUAGGAAUAUUGCAAUUAAACUCGGGUUGGUAUAACAAAACUUCACAGUUUUACAUGGAAGAGAGACCGCAUGAGAUUUGUGAGAAAUACUGGUGGAGAAAUCUUUUGUACAUAAGUAAUCUGUUCGAUCAUAGGGAAUUGUGUAUGAGUUGGAGUUGGUAUCUAGCUAAUGAUAUGCAAUUCUUUAUAAUCGGUAUAACGCUACUGAUUUUGUCUACCAUAUACUUUUACACAGCUGCUUUCAUAUUGAUCGCAUUUUUAAUAGGCUCGAUUGUAUUGAGCGGUUACAUUUCAUACAUCCAUGAAUACGUUCCGAUAUUGAGCGAAAUGUAUAAACUUUUAGAUGUCCUAUACUAUCCGCCGUGGAUAAGGAUAGGUCCAUAUAUUAUUGGAAUAAUUGCAGCUUAUAUUUUAAUAAGACUAAACAAAAAGAUGACCAUGAAAAGGUCAACCUUAAUUUUAUGUUGGUGCCUGGGCAGCUCUUGCAACAUUUUCGUAUUAUUCGGCCUUUACAAUCGAAACAUAUCUGUUCUGUCAACUGCUAUCUAUGUCGCGUUAAGCAGAACAAUUUGGGCCAUAGGCAUAGCAUGGAUUGUCAUAGCAUGCGCCACUAAACACGGAGGUAUCAUCGGACAAGUGCUAUCGUUCAAAGUCUGGAUCCCUCUUAGCAGACUCACAUAUUGCGCUUACCUUUUGAAUCCUUUCAUCAUACAUUCGAUUAAUUUGCAUGACGAAUCGUCCGUUCAUUUGGAGUUUUUAACCUUGGCAAACAAAUUUAUGGGACAAGUUGUAAUUACUUACUUUUGCGCUUAUGCAUUAUCCUUAAUGGCAGAAACGCCAUUCAUCAUGCUAACACGUAUGCUAGUCCAAUCUCGCAGUAAAAGAAAAUGUAGGAGGAACGAGAUUGUAAUUUCGCAUACAAAAUUGUGAGAAAUACUGUUAAUAUUAUUAAUACGUAAUUAACAUAAAUAGUUUAAUUAUUGUCGUAUAUCUCCGAAAAUUAUAUCCUGGAUAAAAAAAUAAAUUCGACUUUUAAAAGA